AUGAUGGAUACUUGCAAGUGUAGCAAGGCUGAGUUCGGCAGGGAGAGAAGUGAAACCCUGAGUGCUCAGCCUGAAGGAAAGGGUCUCGUGACAAUUGAACAUGAGCCGAUCAUCGGUGAGACCCCGCAGGCCACGUUACAGAGCUGGCUGACCCCUAAUCCUCUAUUCUACAUCCGUAAUCAUUACUCAAUUCCGCAAUGGGAAUCAGACUCGGAAUGGGCACUUACUUUAGACGGUCAUGUAGAUAAUACGUUGUCCUUCUCACGGGAGGAUUUUCGUAGUUUCCCAAUACAGACAUUGCCAAUCACUCUGGAGUGCGCCGGUAAUAACCGCAGCGACCUCGAACCGCAAGUGCCGGGCAACCCAUUCCAGAACGGCGCAGUGAGCACUGCCAUUUGGGCGGGAGUUCCACUCCGUUGUCUCUUAGAGCGCGCCGGCAUCAAGGAAGGCGCUGUCGAGGUGCUUUUUGAAGGCUUCGAUGCGGGAGAGCCUGCGCCGGGAGAGCAGACGCAGCCUUACCUGCGAAGCCUGUCGAUUGAUGUCGCGAUGCAUCCCCACACGCUGCUCGCCUACGAGAUGAACGGUGAACCAUUGUCUAGGGAACAUGGUUAUCCUCUGCGUCUCAUCGUGCCCGGAUGGUACGGUAUGGCGUCCGUGAAGUGGCUGCGGCGCAUAUCUGUGAUUCAAGAGAAGUUUGAAGGAUUCUUCCAGAAAGGACCGCUAUAUCAUCGAGGGCGAUGA